AAUAAUGCGAUUAAUUGUUUUUUAAAAAAUCAAUUUUGUUUACUUAUCAAAAAAUAAAAAUAGAUAGCCUACUUAUCUGCGUGAGCAACACUCAGAAGAAUUACAAAGACUUAUACGUAAGUUGAUUACAGACUUCAGUACCUAUACUUACUUAGGUAUAUAAGCUCGUUAAUUGUUUAUUUUCCCAAUAUUGUUGUUACUUUCUUACUGUAGUAAUUCUGCAUCAAAGUGAUUUUAAAAUCUGUAUCAUCAUGAAUUCGCUGAAAGUAAUUUUGUUAUGCAGCUUGCCAUUAGUUUAUGGAUAUGGUUUGCUGCCACCGGGGACUUACAAGAAAGUAAACGCUGCUUUAACAUGCAAUGGGACGUAUACAGUUGACAGAGAUUUUAAAAAAGUUACAGCUGAAAGCAUACUCUCAGGUGACAACAUCACAAUAAGCCAAGAGGAAAAAUGUUUUUGGAAAUGCGACCUUCAAAAAAUUGGUAUAAUGAACGAAGACGGUACCAUACAAGGCGUCUUAGAAGUAGUCGACGAGAUUCUUAGACCAAUUGAUGACUUGGAUAAAUACAAAUACACAAUAUAUAACGAUAUAUUAGUCGCUGUUUUCGCGUACAACAUCAUGGCAUCAACCAGAGCAAUUGAAGAUAAAUGUGAAAAAGCUUACCAAUUUAUGUACCGUUUAAUGGAGACUACUAUCAUGAUGACUACAGCCAAUACGUUAGAGAGAAGACCCGCCUUAAAACGUAACAUUUACAACGCAAUUCAAACUGGACAAGUAGCCGGUGGUUUGAAGAACCUAUUGAAAUACGAUGCAAGCGAAAAAUUACGCCAGCUAUUUACUCUCGAAAAAUGACGUAUUUUCUUUGCGAACUUUUCUUCUAAGCAUAUCUUUUAUACCUAAAAUAGAUAUUUUCAUCGAAGUUUAACUUGUCAGCUACUUAUACCUAUGCAAUAAAUAUGUAGCUUGAAUGAGGUAAAA